AAAAACAGAGAUCUUCAUAAAUUCAGAAAAAUAAUUAAAAAUUAGAGUUUUUUGAUUAAUAAAUAUUAGAAAACAUAAAGGAAAAAAGUUCGUUUUUAUAGAUAAUAAAAGUAAAGGAGAAGUAUAUUAUUAGUUCUGCAAAAUAAAAUAUAUAGUUCGUUCAAUUUAGCAUAGAAAAUAAUUUCAGCAAGGAUAAAUAAAUCUAUGGGAGAUACAUACUAUUCAACUUCCUCGUCUAAGCAGUUUUUAGGGCAUUCCAACUAUGAUGAGAUGGCUGAUGGACGCCGCUCUCAUUAAAUAUUUUCAUUUAACCCAGCAAUAGGUUAAAGUAAUUAAUAACAAAGAAAUACAAUUUAGGAUAAAAGAGACAUAGAUAAAAUUAUGUAGAGAUAUUCAAACCCUUAGGGACAAGAUAAAGCAUUCUUUCAAAGCAAUAGUUUUCAACCACUAAAGAGUGGUGUUUAGAGCAACUAUGAUUAGAAUUAGACUCCAGAUUAUAAUCAAAGUAAUUAAGCUGAAGGACCAGUUAAUUUUGUUAAUAGUCAAAAUUUUGAUGACCAAGUACAAAGAAACUAAAUUGGUUAAAAAUUUUAAGUAAAUUACCCUAAUCUGUUAGAUGAUGAUACCUCUCUCAUGACUAGUCUAAAUCAAUCUAGGAAUCCAAACGAUACUUAAGUUUACAGUGGAGUGGUCAAUCCAUUUAUGAAAAAUUUCGAUAAUUCGAUGAGGACAGAUGCAGAAGAUGCUGCUAACAGUCCAAGAAAUAAUUAUGAUAAAUUUCAUUAAUUUGAAAAAUUAGACCUAAAUUAAAUUGCUGCUUCGAUGAAGUAAAGUAAUAAUGGUGAAAGAGUAACAUUUGGGUUUAAUAAUAAUCCAAAUAUUUUCGAAUUACGUCAGAGUUAGAUGAAUGCUUAAGCAAAUUAAUCACUAAAUUAGCAAGCAUAAAUUAAUUUCUCACUAGGUGGGUCAAAUGCAAUAUUAGGUAGAGAAUCUUAGCAAUCAAUUCCUUCUUAUUAGCAAGCACAAUAGCCAUAAACAAAUAUAGAAAAUUAUAAAUUUCUUAGCUCACCUGUUGGAAACGUUUCAAAUCAAAGCUCUAAUUUUGCACAAUCUGUCUCAGGUUAGUUUGGAAAUAAUUAGUAACCAGAUUUGUAUGGAGUGUAGUCAAAAAGUGAGCAAGCUAACUAUGCCACUAACAAUAAUAACGAUGAUAAUAUGAUUUUGAAAGACUUAAAUAACGAUGACUGUGAUAAUAACAUAUUUGGAAGUGAUGAUGAUUUAACCAAAUAAGAAGAAUAAGAGCAAAGAGUUAAUUAAAUGCACGCAGAAAUAAGCGUUUUAAACGAUCAAGUUCAUAAAAUGCUUAAGAUGUAUAAAAAUUAACUUGACUAGUAAAAAGAUAAAAAAUAGGUUAAAUAAAAAGUCAAAUAAGAUGCGUCUCUGUUAUCAAAAAAUUAUAGAGAAAUAAUUAAUAAAUUUGAUGAUUUAAGCUGCAACGAUGAUGUUUCAUAGAUUUCGAUAAACUCAAAAAGUAACAUGAGUAGUUUCGCUGGAUAUUCUUUGCUGAGAGGUAAUACAAAAAAAGAAAAAGAAAUAAAUGUUAUGAUGAAUUUAGUUGAGUAAUUUUUAUGCAAAUUUGAUGACGAUUUCUAAAAUUAAUCAAUUAUUAGAUAAGCUCAAAAUUAAAACUAACCUAGCUAAAACUCUGUAAAAAUAUAAUAACAACAAUAAGAUGAAAAGUAUCAACAAAUACUCAGGAACUAAAAUCAAUCAAACAUUUAUAGCGAUAUAGAAAAAAUGUCUAUGAAAUAAUAGCAACAACAAAAGCAACCAAUGCUCGCACAGCAAUAUUAACUGUAAAAUUAAUAAGCCGAAAAAUAGCAACAACAACAACAACAACAAUAAUAAUAGUAGUAGUAGUAGUAGGUUUAUCCAUAAUAACAACAAUAGCAGACAUACUAAUAAAAAUAAUAAGAUAAUUAGAAAUUGAAACAAGAUUAUUAAUUACCACAGUAAAUCCAAUAUUAAUAAUAAUAACAAUCCCAACCAGCAAUCAAUCUUAUAGUUACUCCACCUCCUAAUAAUCUAGGAUUUGAUAAUAAAAAUUUUCUAAGUUCACCAUAAAAUCAUUUUGAAUAAAGAUUUACUGUAGACGGGAGAAUGAAUGUUUAGCCUUCUUCAACCCAUAACUCGCCCUAAAUUUCAUAGAUUGCUGAAAAGAGAAAUACUUAUGAUGCCAAGAUAACUGUCUAGUAAGGAUAAACUCUUAAUUCUCCAGCAAAUUAAAAUAUCGGUAAUCAAAUUUAGUAAUAAGAUUUGAAUUGCAUGUAUUCUAAGUUACCUCCUGGAAUUAUGUCUAACUAAUCUUCAUCUCAUAGCACAAGUAGUACUGUAACCUCAACUUAAUAAGGUAUUAAUUUGGACCUGGACAAAAUUCUAUAAGUACAUAAAAAGGAUCAUACAGACAAUCCUUUCAAUUCAACAAUUUAAUCUCCUAAUUCAUCUAUUUAAUAAACAAAUACUCCAACAAAUGUCUAUGAUUAGCAAUUCUUUACUUCAAAUAAUAACAAAAAUUACUUGUUACCCAACAUCUAAGUUUAAUAGCAAACUGAAAUUGAAGACAGUGUUAAAAGAGCUUAACUACCAGGUCUUAGGCAAGUUUCUAGUGCUUAGCCUUAAUUAGGAUAGAUUAACUAAUUAAACAUUCAAAAUUAAGCAAAUGUUCUGAACCCAAAUACUGCACAUAUAUAUUCUUAGUCAACUAGAACAAGUGGUAUCAACUAAUUCAAUUUGAAUACUAUUUCUCCUUAAACCUUAACAAACUACAGUAAUCCUUAAACUCCUUCUAACAUAAUAACUCCUUAAGCUCCAACAAAUAAUGCUUCAAGUGAAAUAUAAUUUACAAAUUUCAAUUUUAAAAAUAACACUUUGUCUCCUCCAUAACAAACAUUCAAUUUUAAUCCUUAAGGAGGAAGUUAUUCUAAUCCUGCUAGUCUGACCCAUAUACCUGCUUUUUCAAAAUCUCCUUCGUUAAAUCCACCUGGAUCUUCUGGAUAAAUUCCAGCAGAAACUCAAAAGACAACAUCACAAACAAGUACUACUACUACUAAUACCUAAAAUAACCCUAAAGAAAAUAAUAUAUUUGAUAUUCAUGAAUAGCUAGAUUUAUAUUGUACUAAUUGUGAUUAGUAUUUUAAAGUUGGUAUUUACUUUGAUCAUGUAAAGAUUUGUGACAAAGAUCACAAUCACAAAAUGAACUAAGCACUUGAUGAUACAUUUUACAGCUUAGAGCAAUCGACUGCAAUAAUGAAUAAAUUAGAUAACAAAAUUGAUAAAAUAAGCAGAAAUAUUUCGAAUGCUUUGUAAUUACAGAAAUUACCUCAAACAAGAGAUAUCCUCUCUGAAACAAUCAGAGAUUUAGCAGAAACUCUUAAAUCUGAGAAUCCACAAACAGUAAAAAAGAUUAUAAAGAAAAUAGAGUAAAAUACAAGAUCAAUGGAUGCACAAAGUGGAAAUUUACCCCAGUCAUCUUCUUACAAACUUUAUUUAUAUUUGAAAAGAGUCACAAAUAUUUUGAGAGAGAAAGAAACCGCCCUAGAAUAAUCAGCAAUGUUAAAAGAAAUUUCUAUGGUAUAUGCACCUAAGCAACCAGUUAUCAAUGAUAUCAAAACUAAUAACAAUAAUAAUAAUAACAAUUUAACAACUAAUAUACAUCCAACUACAGCUUAAUUAUAGUAGCAACAAUAACAGAAUUUCUAUGCUCCUCGUUUCAGUUAUCAGCCAAAUUCCACUCAAUAAAUGACUUUUAAUACCAACUUUGCAAGAAAUACUGUUUCUACAAACUCAGAUCUUGAAAAGAAAAGUAAAUUCUAUGACUUGGCAGGAGAAAUAAAAAAUAAAUUACCUCCAAACCAUUUUGGAACUUCUUUCCUUAUUUCUGAGCUGUACGAAGAAGCAAAAUAGAUCCCAGAUAAUUAAUGGUAACAAUUCCUACUAAAUAAAUUUAAAAUGACUAGUUGA